AUUUUUUGAUACGCAGGGACUGUAUUUUCUACCGGGUAAUACCAUCAGACUCCACAGCUUUGCCACCCUGAGCUCUAGCACUCUAGCAGCUGUGCUACUUUUAGCUCCCGAAUCAUUUACUCGUAUUUGAUAGAGAAGUAGCGAAAAUGAGUACGGUGGACAAGAUGCUCAUAAAGGGAAUCCGGAGCUUUGACCCGGAGAACCGGAACGUUGUUACAUUUUUCAAACCCUUAACCCUCAUUGUAGGUCCCAACGGCGCCGGAAAAACUACAAUCAUUGAGUGCUUGAAGGUGGCUUGCACAGGAGAGUUGCCACCUAACGCCCGUUCCGGUCAAAGUUUUGUUCAUGAUCCAAAGGUGGCAGGGGAGACAGAGACCAAAGGACAGAUUAAGAUGCGGUUUAAGACUGCAGCAGGGAAGGAUGUUGUCUGCAUUAGGUCAUUUCAGCUAACUCAGAAGGCCACUAAGAUGGAGUAUAAGGCUCUUGAGAGUGUGCUCCAAACCAUUAAUCCUCACACUGGAGAGAAAGUUUGCUUAAGUUAUAGAUGUGCAGAUAUGGACCGUGAAAUACCAGCUCUUAUGGGUGUGUCUAAGGCUAUUAUUGAUAAUGUGAUUUUUGUACACCAAGAUGAGGCCAAUUGGCCACUACAAGAGCCAGCUAUACUGAAAAAGAAGUUUGAUGACAUUUUCUCUGCUACCAGAUAUACAAAGGCUCUAGAGGUUAUUAAAAAACUUCACAAGGAUCAAGCUCAAGAGAUAAAGUCAUUUAAACUGAAAUUGGAGAAUCUUCAGACACUGAAAGACGCUGCUUACAAGUUAAGAGAAAGUAUUGCUCAAGAUCUGGAGAAAACAAACAAUGUGAAAACUCAAAUUCAGGAGCUUGAAGGAGGGGUCCAAAACCUGGAUAAAAAGAUUCACUAUGUUGAAGGAGCUUUGAAGGACCUAAGGAAAUUACAGGAACAUAUAGCCACCAAGACUGCUGAAAGAAGCACUUUGUACAAAGAGAAGCAGAGACAAAAAGCCGCUUUACAGGAAAAAAUCGAAGACACUGAUGAAGAACUUCAAGAAUGGAAAACCAAGUUUGAGGAGCGGAUAGCUCUUCUGGAAUCAAAAAUUAGACAAUUGGAAAGAGAAAAGAAAGACAUGGUGUCAAAGAGUUCUGUCCUCCAAAGUGAUAUCAAAGGCUAUAUCUGGGAGAUUAGCAAGCUUGAAAGUGAAGCUAACACUCACAUGAAACACAAGAAUGAGAGGGACACAAUUAUCAAGGGACUAUCUGAAAGUUAUAAUUUAGGUGCUGUUUCAGACGGUGAACUCAGUGAAGAAGUUGCUCUGAACCUCAUGAAUCGAAUAAAAUUGAGACAUGCAGACUAUGUGAAGGACUCGGAGCAUAAAAAGAAAUCAAACUUGGCGAUCACUACAACAGCAUGGAGUCAUUUUGAGAAUGCGAAUAACCGUUGGAAAGAGAUGGAGGCCAGCCUACAUGCUAAAUCAGAGAUGAAGAGCGGCCUUUUAAAGCAGAUUGAAGAGAAGAAGCUUGAGCUUGAUGGACUUGAACUUGAAAUGUCUAAUAUUAAUUUUGCUCACAUGGAUGAGAAGGAACAUAAAAUGCAAGCUGAAUUGGAGAGGAAGAAUCGUCAAAUUGAAGAACGAAAGUUUCCAAGUAGUAUUCAGCUUAAGAAGAGUGAUAAAUUUAAGUUAGAUCAAAAAAUCGAAGAGCUUAAGCGUGAAAGAGACCGCAUGGUUUCUGAUUCAGAUGACAGAGCUAUACUCUCCCUUAAGAAGGCAGAACUGGAAACCAAGAAAAAGAUACACAAGAAGAUAGUUGAUGAAUACAAGGAUAGAAUUAAAGAAUUGAUGAAAGGAAGGCUUCCUCCAGACAAGGAUUUGAAGAAAGAAGUUAGACAAGUCCAGAGGACUCUUCACAAAGAAAUUGAAGACUUGAGUGUAAAAGCUCGUGAAGCUGAGAAGAACUUAAAUAUGGUGCAAGCGAAUAUUGAUGGAGUCAAUGAUAACUUAUACAAACUUAACAAGGAAGCGGAAUCAAAGAAAAGAUUUGUUGAAUCCAAACUCCAGUUUGUUGACCAAGUUCCUGCCAGUAUUGACAUUUACCCUGAGCUUUUGGAUUCGACCAGAGAAAAAAGUGAAUCUAUGAAAAGCGAAUAUAACCAAGCUAAUGGCAUGCAAUUACUGAUUGUGCCGUUUGAAAACUUUGCUCGUGAUAAUCAUAUUUGCCCGUGCUGUGAACGCCCCUUCUCUUCUGAAGAGGAAGAUGAAUUUAUUAUAAAGCAACGGAGGAAGUCAUCAUACACUGGCGAUAAAUUGAGUGCAUUGGCUGUAGAAUCUGUACAUGCUGAAUCUCAGUUCCAGCAAUUGGAUAAGCUACGUACGUUUUAUGAAGAGUAUAUCAAAAUUGGAAAGGAGUCAAUCCCUCUAGCAGAGAAAAAGUUGAAAGAGCUUGAAGAAGAGUUGGAGAAAAAAAAUCAGGCUCUUGAUGAUGUGUUGGGUGUCUUGGCUCAGAUUAAAACAGACAAGGACACAGUGGAUGCCCUAAUUCCACCUGUGGAAAAUGCUGAAAGGAUUUUGCUAGAAAUACAAACCUUGCAGAAACAGGUUGCUGAGUUUGAAUACAAGCUUGAUUUCGGGGGGGAGGGUGUCAAAUCUAUGGAGGAAGUCCAAUCAGAGCUAAACGUAUUGGAGAUCGAGAAGGAGUCUUUGCACAAUCAGCUCCAAAAGCUAAUGGAAGAGCAGUUGAACUUGGAAAAUGAUCGGACAAGUGCUCAAUUAAGAUUGAGCAACAUCAGGGAAAAGAAGUUUAAGGCAUCUACUACUUUGGAGAAUGUAGAGAGGGUACAAAAGGAAUUGGAACUCUUGGGGGAAAAGAAAGCUCAACUUGAGCUUGAUGAGAAGCACAUGAAAGAGGCUUUGGGUCCUUUAUUAAAAGAAAAAGACAAGUUGCGCCAUGACUACGAUGGUGUGAAAGAGAAAGUUGAUCAAGAGCUUGCAGAGAGGUCAAAAUUUUGCUCAAACUUUGAUAGUGAAAUGAAAGCAUUGGAGGGCAAGACUUCUACAAUACAAAAAUACUAUACUGAGAAGAAAGGAGAGAAAUUGAAGGAGCUGAAAGAAAAGAAAAAUCUCACAGAAUCUCAACAUCAAAACUGUGAGUCUAGAUUGCAGGAGAUAUCUGAAGAACUGACCAAAAACAAUGAAUUUAUGAUGAGACAGGACCAGUUGAGACGCAACAUUGAGGAUAACUUGAUUUAUAGGAAAACCAAGGCUGACGUUCAUCAGCUUACUCGUGAAAUUGAAUCACUGGAAGAGGAAGUGGUGAAACUUGGAAGUGUGUGUGGCGUUGAGGCUGAGAAUGCAAGGCUUUUGCAAGAACGAGAGAGGCUUCUUUCAGAGCUAAACAGAUGCUGUGGUACUACCACUGUUUAUGAGAGAAAUAUAUCCAAUAAUAAAAGUGAUCUUAAACAAGCACAAUACAAGGAUAUAGACAAACGUUAUUUUGAUCAGAUGAUUCAGCUAAAGACAACUGAGAUGGCAAAUAAGGACCUGGAUAGAUACUACCAUGCCCUUGAUAAGGCACUCAUGCGAUUCCACACAAUGAAGAUGGAAGAAAUCAAUAAGAUUAUUCGUGAGCUCUGGCAGCAGACAUACAGGGGACAAGAUAUAGAUUACAUAAGCAUUCAUUCGGACUCUGAAGUUUAUGGCACUCGAUCUUAUAGCUAUAAGUUACUGAUGCAAACCGGAGAAACAGAACUUGAAAUGCGAGGCAGGUGUAGUGCUGGUCAAAAGGUGCUUGCGUCACUAGUAAUAAGGUUGGCAUUAGCGGAAACUUUUUGCUUAAACUGUGGGAUACUGGCACUUGAUGAACCAACAACAAACCUUGAUGGCCCAAACUCUGAAAGUCUUGCUGCAGCACUUCUAAGGAUCAUGGAGGACAGAAAGGGACAGGAGAAUUUUCAAAUGAUUGUGAUCACACACGACGAGCGGUUUGCUCAACUCAUUGGUCAACGACAGCAUGCAGAGAAAUACUACCGUAUCUCAAAGGAUGACCAUCAGCACAGCAUAAUUGAAGCACAGGCGAUAUAUGAUUAAAUGCAUUCACAAAAUUUCUGAACUGAGAUAUGGCGCUAUCAUCAGUGACGCAGCUGCUUGAUGCGAAUUGGUGAAAUAGGAAUUUUAUUAGCAAGAAGGUUUUAACAGCCUUGGCCAGGUGAGGGGAGAGUGCAACAUUUACAUCUAUUUGAAUUAUAUUGUAAUUGGAGAAGUCCUCAUAACUGUGGAUUCCAUUGCCUCGAACAAUAAUGAGAAGAAAGCAUGCUUUGAAGACUUUUAUGACUUCGUUAGUUUGUUCAAACACUUCUCUCACCUAGUCACCUGUGAUGCUUGAUCAAUGACCUAUUUAGGGGUGGCCACAAUUUUGUAAUCAAAUCGGAAUAGGC